ACCACCUACGUCUACUUCUUCACUUGUAGUCUGUGAGGAAACCAAUGAGCACCUCCAAUGGCUACAUGUGCCUUACAUUCAAAACUGUUCUCUGUUCCUGUUUUAAUCUCGUCAAUGGAUCAUAAAAAAAGGAAGUGUGACUGACUGGAAAUGAGAAUGCAGGACAAAGCGGAUGGGGAUUCACAUGAGAAAUCAAUGGGGGAGUUCAGCGAUGAACAUGUUCAGCAGCCUCAAGAUGACAGGAAAGCAGUGCAGAGGAGAACAUUCACCAGGUGGAUGAAUGCUUUGCUGCAGAGAUGUGAUCCUCCAGUUGAAGUGCACGACCUGUUCACAGACAUUCAGGAUGGCAGGAUACUGAUGGCUCUGCUGGAGGAGCUGUCUGGAUGCAAACUACUCUACAGGUAUAGGUCAUCCUCUCACCGCAUUUUCAGACUGAAUAACAUUUCCAAGGCCUUGGCUUUCCUGGAUGAUAGACAUGUGAAGCUGCUUGGCAUAGAUGCCUCUGGGAUUGCUGAUGGCGUCCCUGCUGUUGUUCUUAACCUCGUCUGGAACAUUAUCCUGCAUUUCCAGGUAAAGGAGGUUACAGGAGGCCUCCAGAGGCGUUUGUCUUCAAGCCUCUCUUCCUUAUCGAUGAACAGUCAUCCUUCCUCCAGUGACCUCUCACCUGAGCAGGACUUUAGCAGCCAUUCCUGCAGUCCAACGCCAAGCAAAGGCAGAAGAGCCACAAGAAAGCCAAAGUAUCAUGGGAAAGCAUUAAAGACUCUCCUGCAGUGGGUCCAAGGAUGCACAUUGAAUUUUGGGGUGGAGGUGCUUGAUUUUGGGAAGAGUUGGAGGAGUGGGCUGGCGUUCCUCGCUAUGAUUAAGUCAGUAAACCCAUCCUUGGUUGACCUGAGGGAGAGUUUGACUAGAGAGCCAAGAGAAAACAUUCAAUUGGCUUUCAAUACAGCCCAUUACAGUCUGGAUAUACCACCUCUGCUGGAGCUUGAAGAUGUGUUGUGCUCUUCACCUGAUGAGAAGUCCAUCAUCACCUAUGUGUCCAUGUUUCUGGUGCAUUGUUCGGACAUAGAGGAGAACAAUGCCUCAGAUGUUGAAGUUCCUGCGAUUCCACACUUUGGAUCACUUGAGUCUGUCACUUUUGGAGAGAUCAAUGCCGAUGAGCCAGAAGCCAAAGCUCUGCUUAUAGGCUUUGAGAAGAGCACCGAGCAGCAGCUAUGGAAACAAUGGGCCAGAAGACACUUACUUCACACAAAUGGCGCAGUGACUCCUGACCUCUCCUCCAGUUGUGGUGACAUCUUUUCAACCUGUCACAGCCAAAGCACCACUGAACAACCAGCAGGCAGUCCUGAAACCUCAGCAUUCACCAAACAGAGAAGCAAAUAUCGAAGUGUUUUCAAGCCACCCAGUCCGCUGGAUGCAGGCGUCGUCAGCCUGGAGAUCCGAUCAUGGAUGGACAAAGCAUCUGGAGGUCAAGGCUACAGCAAGCAAAAGGCAGGUGAAAGUCGCUUUUCUCUGAGCUCUGAGGAAGGAGUCUACAAUUUGUCAGCACUGGACUCAGAUGAGGAGGAAGCCUACAGCUACAUCCUGGAGCUGAAUGAAGAGGAUUUCCAACCAAAUGAUCAGCUAACAAGGAAAGUACCAAGGGUUGAAGAGGAAACUGCAGAAGAAAUGUUCCUGAACGGACAGCUGAGUGAAGAGUCCAAACCUCUGGAAGUUCAUGAGAAUCCAAAAGCCAAUGGAUAUAAAGACCAAGAAGUCCUUCUCAAACAAAACGUUGAAUUGGAUAAGUCAGAGGCUCAAAGGGAGUGUGAUUGGGACAAAAAUGACAGAUGUUCCAAAGAGAUUGCAAACAAUGGAUCAGUGUUAGCCAUGCAGUCAGAGAAAGAUAGAAAAUGCAGAAAGGGAAAGAAAGAGGACAGAGUUGUUGGACAAAGUGAUGGACGUGGUAAAUAUUGUGGGGAAGACAGGAGGAAGGAGAAGUCAGAUAGUGCUUAUUUGAUGACACAUGGAUGUACUAAAACCGAGGUUUUGAAUGAUGAAAUAAAGGAAACAAAUCUUUCUGAGGUUGAGAAGGCAACUGAGAGAGGGCUUUAUGAAAGAUGUGGACAAGUGGGUGAAAAGAGAUUUGGAAAGGAAGAAAAAGACAAGGAAAAAUAUACAAUAUUUGAAGAAAGGAAGUACAGAAAGGAGAGGAGGGAAAAGGAAGGUAAUAAUGUGAAGGACCAAGAGAAGGGAAAUCAACCAACUGUUUUCAAUGAAGAAGGUUUCAAGGUAAAUGAAAACACAUUAGUUGACCAGCCUGAAGUCAAAGGAGCUGCUGCAACUAGAAUUAACACAGAAGAAGAUAAUGGCAGCAAGGAGACCCCGACAGUGGAAGAUUUGACUUCUCAAGAUGAAAACAAGAAAGAGUACAGGGAUAAAGUCAAACAUUUGAUUGAUGCUGAGGAAGUUUUAACCAAAGAAGAAAAAGACAUGGAACUUCAGGUCAAGAGACGAACACUGUCUGUUAAGAAGGCAACAAUAAUGGACCACCGUGGUAAAACUCCCCCCCAAAAUGACACUAAUGGAGGGGUUACAGUCCAUAAUGAUGACAAAGGUUGGACUCCUGCUGACAGUGCAACUUCUCAGUCGUUCAG